GACGUUUGUCUGCUUUCGGGGGUGGAAUUGGAAAAGUUAAGGUCUGUGUGUGCAGUACUGCGAUAUUGAAGUAGGCUAACGUUACUGUAUUUGCGAUUGUUAGAAAUACAGUUUGGUUAAAAGUUUUCUCGGUUGUCCUGUACAAUAAGACAUUUCGUUCUGGUGGUUGGCUACGAUUUGACGGGCUCAUUUUUCUGACACACUUUCCCGAGAACCGAAGGGGUUGUGGAGGCAUCAUGGCCCAGUGGAACCAGUUGCAGCAGCUGGAGACCAGGUAUCUGGAGCAGCUGUACCACCUGUACAGCGACAGCUUCCCCAUGGAGCUCCGGCAGUUCCUCGCCCCCUGGAUCGAGAGCCAGGACUGGGCGUACGCAGCGAACAAGGAGUCCCACGCCACGCUGGUGUUCCACAACCUGCUGGGGGAGAUUGACCAGCAGUACAGCCGCUUCCUGCAGGAGAACAACGUGCUCUACCAGCACAACCUGCGUCGCAUUAAGCAGCACCUGCAGUCCAAGUACCUGGAGAAACCCAUGGAGAUCGCCCGCAUUGUAGCCCGCUGCCUCUGGGAAGAGCAGAGGCUGCUGCAGACCGCCACCACUGCCGCACAGGACGGAACGGCAUCUCACCCGUCUGGCACUGUGGUGACGGAGAAACAACAGAUCCUGGAGCACAACCUGCAGGACAUCAGGAAGAGGGUGCAGGAUAUGGAACAAAAGAUGAAGAUGCUUGAGAAUCUCCAGGAUGAUUUUGACUUCAACUACAAGACCCUUAAAAGUCAGGGUGAUAACCCACCCAACUCCUCUCCUAUUUGCUCAGAGUUGUCCCAGGACAUGAAUGGGAACAGCCAGGCGGCAGCCACCAGGCAGAAGAUGUCUCAGCUGGAACAGAUGCUGAGUGCUCUGGACCAGCUCAGGAGGCAAAUUGUGACAGAGAUGGCGGGGCUGCUGUCAGCCAUGGACUUUGUCCAGAAGAACCUGACAGAUGACGAGCUGGCUGACUGGAAGAGGAGGCAGCAGAUUGCCUGCAUCGGAGGACCACCCAACAUCUGCCUGGACCGCCUGGAGACAUGGAUUACGUCCCUGGCUGAGUCUCAGCUGCAGAUCCGCCAGCAGAUCAAGAAGCUGGAGGAGCUCCAGCAGAAGGUGUCCUAUAAGGGAGACCCAAUCAUCCAGCACCGGCCCGCUCUGGAGGAGAAGAUAGUGGACUUGUUCAGGAACCUCAUGAAGAGUGCGUUCGUGGUGGAGAGGCAGCCUUGUAUGCCCAUGCAUCCAGACCGACCACUGGUCAUCAAGACAGGUGUGCAGUUCACCAACAAAGUCAGAUUACUGGUGAAGUUUCCAGAAUUGAAUUACCAGCUGAAGAUCAAAGUUAUUAUUGACAAGGAAUCUGGAGACGUGGCUGCUAUUCGAGGGUCCCGAAAGUUCAACAUCCUUGGUACCAACACGAAGGUGAUGAACAUGGAGGAGUCCAACAAUGGCAGUCUGUCAGCAGAGUUCAAACACCUGACCCUGAGGGAACAGAGGUGUGGCAAUGGUGGCAGGACCAACAGUGAUGCCUCCCUGAUCGUCACAGAGGAGCUCCAUCUCAUCACCUUUGAGACAGAGGUCUACCACCAGGGUCUGAAGAUCGACCUGGAGACCCAUUCUCUACCAGUGGUGGUCAUCUCCAACAUCUGCCAGAUGCCCAACGCCUGGGCCUCUAUCCUGUGGUACAACAUGCUGACCAACCACCCCAAGAACGUGAACUUCUUCACCAAGCCUCCGGUGGGGACGUGGGAUCAGGUAGCGGAGGUGCUGAGCUGGCAGUUCUCCUCCACCACUAAGAGAGGCCUGACCAUCGAGCAGCUCACCACCCUGGCUGAGAAACUACUUGGGCCGUGUGUGAACUACUCUGGAUGCCAGAUCACCUGGGCCAAGUUCUGCAAAGAGAACAUGGCGGGUAAAGGCUUCUCUUUCUGGGUUUGGCUAGACAACAUCAUUGACCUGGUUAAGAAGUACAUCCUGGCUUUGUGGAAUGAAGGGUAUAUUCUGGGUUUCAUCAGUAAGGAGAGGGAGAGGGCCAUCCUGAGCCCUAAGCCUCCUGGCACCUUCCUGCUGCGCUUCAGUGAGAGCAGUAAGGAGGGAGGCAUCACCUUCACCUGGGUGGAGAAGGACAUCAGUGGGAAGACUCAGAUCCAGUCGGUGGAGCCUUACACCAAGCAGCAGCUCAACAGCAUGUCCUUUGCAGAGAUCAUUAUGGGAUACAAGAUCAUGGACGCCACAAAUAUCCUGGUGUCUCCGCUGGUCUACCUCUUCCCAGAGAUCCCCAAGGAGGACGCCUUUGGGAAGUACUGCCGACCGGAAGCUGCUCCAGAGGCUGAACUCGGCGACCCAUGUAGUACCAUUCAACCAUACUUAAAGACAAAGUUCAUCUGUGUAACUCCGUGCCCUUCCGUGUUCAUGGACUUUCCGGACAGCGAGCUGCUUGGGAACGGGAUAUUCCCUGGCACCAACUCUGGUAACACCAGUGACCUGUUUCCCAUGUCCCCUCGCACCCUGGAUUCUCUGAUGCACAACGAGGCUGAGACCAACCCUGGCCAACUGGCCCUCUUGCUUUCUGUCUUCCCAGAUUCCCUCACUCUGGACAUGGAGUUGAGUUCUGACGCGGCGUCACCCAUGUGAAGAGACGAAUGAACCAGACUAAUUUUAAAUAUUUUAACUCCCCGUUUUCUUAAAAAUAUAUAUCAUCCCACAGGUACCUCUGUCCCAUAUUGUGAAAGGGAACAAGAUACAUUACAUUUAGCCACUUGUUUUUUACCUUUCACCUUAACGCCUCGAACACACCAACAGCAUCAUUGCGCAAAAUGGUACGCAGCAUCAUCUGGAUAUGUGUGCAACAAAAGUUCAACAUUAACCACAUUCUGCUAAAAUUUCUGUCAAGCCAUCUACGAAUACAGUUUGAUGCAUACGUUAGAUAAAGGCAAAUGCAGUGUUCCAUUGGAAAUGAAUGUACUUCUGGUGUACCAAAAUGCAAUGACGCUAUCGGUGUGAUCGAGGCAUUAGUGUCAAUGUUUCGAAAAGUCACGUCUCCCUCCCUGUGGGUGUUUCACAAAGUACCUUAUAUUUAAAUUGUAUAUUUUAAUACAAAAUUAUAUUUUUGUUUCCUUGAAUUUCUUAAAAUGGUUUUGAUCUCAAACUUCAUUAAUGAACCAGGGCUUUUGUUUUUAUAAGAAUGUCUAAAAAGGAAGAUUGCUAUCUAGCUUUUCAAAGAUAAUAAGUUAUUCUUUGUUAGCUUCAUAGUUCUCAAUUACCUAUUCUAUGACAACCUUUUUGGUAGUCCGUCCGUCUGUCUCCCAUGAAAUUCUCUAUUGAAGGGGACACCCGUAUCUUUAUUUUCCUUUGUAUUUGAUUGAGAAAUAUCCUGGUCCAUUCUUUCCGGUUGAAUCUUAUUCCUUUUUUUAGAAAAAAAAACUAUCUAUAAUCUCACUGUAACACAAUGAGUCAGUAAUAUGUUGCGUUUCUAAAAUGUAUGUGAAUGGCAGUGGUUUUUGUUUUAGGUGUCUGAAAUGGCGUUGAUAAUGGCAGGAUAUUUCCCUGACCUUCUCUCCUGUCUCAGCCUGGGAUCAACCCCGCUCUCAGCAGGCAGUUGAAGGGAAAAUACUGAUUCUUCCCUGGAUUGUAGAGCACGUUGACGUUUGUCAUGAAUCUUGCCCAGAGCAAUUUCCGCUAGCUGUGCCAGAUGCAAAGUAUAAAUUGGCGAUAUCGUUAAAAAAAUGUUUUCCUUAAUUUAAGGUUAGGCAUUAGGGUUAGAAGUGUGGAUUAGGGUUAGGUUUAAAAUCAGAUGUUAUGACUUUGUGGCUGUGCCAGCUAGUGACCACUGCAGAGCUGCCUCCAGGUCAACAUUCAUGACAAUAAAUGCCAACCUGCGAUUGUAGAUAGAAAUGUACAUUAUUCUCUGGGGUUUUUAAUUCAUACACACCCCCUUCGUCCUUCAUAGUUUGUCAUAAUGUGAAUAGCAGUUGUUGUUUUCAUUGAUCCAUAAAAAUGGAGAUUAUCAUUGCCACAGUACUGCACUAGUCUGUGCCAUAAUGGUUUAUGUAGUGCCUAUCUCAUACCGUAUCUCAUACCGUAUUAAUGAUUUAUUUUAAGCGAACACUUCUUGUAUGUGUUGACCAUGACCUUGUUUUUUUUUGUUAUUUACAUAAUGUUAGUAUCAGUUUCUAAUGACAUUUCACUAUUCUGUUUGAUUGUAUAUGGAUAUGAUAUGAUACCACACCACACUCGCUUAAUGACUUAAGUGCUCAGUGGAAUCUGUAAUUGAGUUCACUCUGUAGAUGUUAUUUGAAAAAAAGCUAUCUAUAAAUUAUGCUGUAACUAAUCUUAUAUUUGUUUAAAAAUCAUAAAAACAAAAAAAUAUUAUCCCUCA